AUGUCAGGUAUAUUUACGGACACUGAGAUGAAUGAGCAAUACCAGGAGGAUGAUGACUUUAACCAACAAGAAGAGCUAUUAAGUGACCAAGAUAUGAUGGAUGAACAGAACGAAUUCGAACAAGAUUUCAGAGAUGAAUUUACCGAGGGAGCGUUUAUUUCUGAAUCUGAUAUGUCAGAUUAUAUCGUUGAAGCCGCUUAUGCGGUUGACUCCGUGCAAGAUAUUACAUCUUUGAAAUUUAGUGAGAAUUUUACGGAGGAAAUUGGCAAAUACCACUUUUCUACUUUGCAGCUUGCAUUUGAUUUUUAUAUGAAGUACUCAAAGUCGAAGGGCUUUAGUGCAAGGAAGAGCAAGACCUUCAAGAAUAGUAGUUGCGAGAUUUACAGACAAAUGUUUGUAUGCCAUAGGCAAGGAUUCAGGAUGGAAAAAUAUUACACGAUGGAAAAAAGGAAGAAGGAGCCUAGAUUGGAAACAAGAACUGGAUGUAAAGCCCGAAUGGAUGUUAAAUUUGUACCAGAAAGUGGAAGGUGGCAUAUCUUUUAUUUCUCUGACGAACACAACCAUGAUCUAUUGGAUACACAAUUCAGUGCUAUGUUGCCUGCCCACAGAAAAAUGUCAGAGGCAGAUAUUAUGCAAAUGAUGAACAUGCUAAAGUCAGGGAUCAGCACCUCACAGAUAUUUGGUCUUCUAGCUAGUCAAGCAGGCGGGUACGAAUUUGUUGGCUAUGGUCCCAGAGAUAUGUACAAUGAGAUUGCUCGGCAAAGGCGUCAAAUUCCUGGAGAUGCAGCACGAGUGUUGAAGAAGUUGGAGGAUAUGCGGUUGAAGGAUCCACAAUUAUAUUUUAAGGCAUGUCACGAUUCAAGAGGUUUGUUACGUAAUUUGUUCUGGUCUGAUGGGAUUAGCCAACUAGACUACCGACUCUUCGGGGAUGUUAUUGCUUUUGAUGCUACGUACAAGAAGAACAAGUAUAGUUGUCCAUUAGUAAUAUUCAGCGGGGUUAACCACCACAACCAAACAAUUGUUUUUGCUGCUGCGUUAAUUGCGGACGAAACUACUGAUACAUAUGUUUGGCUCCUGCGUCAGCUCAUGUUUGCAAUGAGGGGCAAGACCCCGACCUCAAUCAUAACUGAUGGGGCCAUGGCUAUUAGGAAUGCAGUGAGAGAUGUAUUUCCCGAAGUCAGACAUAGAUUAUGCGCUUGGCACCUUAUUCGAAAUGCAACUAGCAAUGUUGGAAAUCCAUCGUUUACAUCUAAAUUUAGAAAAAUCAUGACAGGAGACUACGAGAUUCCCGUGUUUAAGCGUAAGUGGGUUCAGCUUAUUGAAGAAUUUGGCAUUGAGGAUAAGCCCUGGGUGAUCAACAUGUACGAAGAGAAGCAUAUGUGGGCUACUGCAUAUCUAAGAGAAAAAUUCUUUGCUGGCUUUAGAACUACAUCAAGAUGUGAAGGUUUACACUCAGUUGUGGGAAGGUAUGUGGGGUCGCGGUAUGAUUUGACAAGUUUUGUAGAGCAUUUUCAAAGGUGUGUAGCACACAUGCGCUUUAACGAAUUUAAUGCUGAUUAUGAAUCUACACGUAGGGUGCCCGUCAUGCAAACUUGUAUAGAGCUGCUAGAGAGAUAUGCUGCUGAGUUAUACACUCAUGAGAUAUUUCUUUUCUUUCGGCCAUUUCUCUCCAGAGCUGGAUCAAUGCGGGUUCUGAACAUAGAUAAUACCGAUGAUUGCAUAAAGUACAUUGUGUUUCUGGUUGACAGAGACAUCCGUGAGAUUCCCCGGUCAUUGGUAUUGGAUAGAUGGACAAAAAAGGUUAAAUCAGCACUCAAUGAUCCAAGUGGGUUCACCAGGGAUGCUGUUGCUAUUAGUCGUCAAAGUGCUUUGGUGGAAUUUUGUAAACAACUGGCUGCUGUUGCUGCUAAAGCUGCAGACGAAGGAGAUAAUCAACCUCACUCAGGUGUAGCUAGAAGUAGCAAUCAGUAUGUGCAUCCAACCACUGGAGGCUCGGGACAGCCAUCUAAGAAGAAGAAGCGGCAACGUUGUAGUGUUUGUCAAAUGGAAGGACAUAAGAAGACAACAUGUCCUUGGCAAAAGGACAUUGACAACAACGUUAUAGAAAAUGAAGCAAUCGGUUCGGACGAUGGCGACAUGUGUACCGAAGCGACGGCUGAAACUCUGAAGCAAAGGAACCCUAGCCCUCCAUCGUCGCCGCCGUUUCCAGUUCCUCAGCGCCGCCGCCGUCUCCAGUUCCUCAGCACCGCCCCUUCUUCCUCUUCCCCGUGUCCGGAACCCAUGCUGCCGCCGUCCGUCCUGUCGGCGCCGUCCGUGGCCUGGCCUUCUCUUGUAGCUCGGCGUCCUGCUUUCCCGUCAUCCGUCCAACCUCCGUGGCUUCUUUGUUUUGUUGGCUUGGAGCAACUUGUUGCCGUAUCGCCGCUCGCCGUCGUCUCCCGGGUAGCCGUCCACUCCCUGGUCGCCGUCCGUGCCUCCAUCGAAGGAAAUUAUUUGACGUAUACAAGAAUUAAGAAGGAAGAUUAUCCCAACAGCUACUCUGUUGAUUGA